UCAUAUAAAAUAAACUAUUCCUAUAUUUUAUUUAUUAAAUACGUAUUAGUACGAUCAGGCCGACCAACCAACCAACCAACUGAAGAGCUGAAUCGUCCUGUUGGUCAUCUACGCCAAUUUUUCCUUCACCCCUGACCUGAUCCUGCUUCUUUUUUCAUCCAAUCUUAGUCGAUCCAUGAUGAGUAGUAGUAAUGAAGGAAAUGGUAAUGAAAGUAGUGAACAAAAACGUGCACUCCGCUUGAAUCAGAGGAUCCUAUCAUCAUUGUCAAGGAGAUCCGUUGCUGCUCAUCCUUGGCAUGAUCUGGAGAUAGGACCCGGAGCUCCCCAGAUUUUCAACUGCGUUAUUGAGAUAUCAAAAGGAAGUAAAGUAAAAUAUGAACUUGACAAGAAGACCGGUCUGAUUAAGGUUGAUCGGGUCUUGUAUUCAUCAAUGGUCUAUCCUCAUAACUAUGGUUUCAUUCCUCGAACAUUGUGUGAAGAUAACGAUCCAAUGGACGUUUUAGUUCUCAUGCAGGAACCUAUCCUUCCUGGUUGUUUUCUAAGAGCCAAGGCCAUUGGACUGAUGCCUAUGAUUGAUCAGGGAGAGAAGGAUGAUAAAAUCAUUGCUGUGUGUGCUGAUGAUCCAGAAUAUCGCCACUACACUGAUAUCAAUCAGCUUCCCCCUCAUCGUCUAGCUGAGAUCCGUCGUUUCUUCGAAGACUACAAGAAGAACGAGAACAAAGAGGUUGCAGUUAACGAGUUUCUGCCUUCAGCCACUGCUCAUGAAGCUAUCCAGCACUCCAUGGACCUUUAUGGUGAGUACAUUUUACAGACCUUGAGAAGAUAGAAGAUGAAUUGGUGGUAUAUGUUCCUUAAAAAUUGUCAAGUCUCAGAUCUUACCACUGCUUAAAUAAAACAGCAGUUCCCUCUCUGGUUCCUAAAUAUAUCCGAUAUACUUUGAAAAACAUAAGACAUUAGAACGUUAUCAUCUUGUGCUGAUUUAGUAGUAUUUGUGUGGUAAAAAUUGUAUGUUAAACAAAUGAGAAAAACAAUGUGUGUGUGUUCUGGGAUUCUAAUUCUAAAAUUGUUGUCCCGUUCUGUAUUUUCAAA